AUGCUUCGCUGGAAGAAAGUUCUGUUCACCAUCGAUGACGUAAACCAUCAAGAACAGUUGGAAUUUUUGGUUGGAGAGCCAGAGUGGUUUGGUAGGGGUAGCAGAAUUAUUUUAACAGCAAGAGACAAGCACCUGUUAAUCAGUCACGUCGGGGAUAAUGUGUAUGAAGUCCAACUAUUAUCUGAGAAUGAAGCACUUGAAUUGUUCAGUAGGCUUGCUUUUAGAGAAAAAUCACCAAAAGAAGGAUUUUUGGAACUUUCAAGAUAUGAUUUUCAUCUUUGUGUGGAACUAGUACGGAGAUAUAUGAGUCGUGGUUUUCUAAUAGAUUACCUUAUCGAAAAAUCUCUAUUAUCAAUCGACCUGAAUAAUAGUAUUGUGAUGCAUAAUAUGAUAAGAAAAAUGGGAGAAAAUGUCAUACGGGAAGAGUACGCUAACAGUAGAAUAUGGCUUCCCGAGGAAGUUUGUGACCUUUUUAAAGGGAAGUUGAUAACAGAAAAGGUGGAAAGCCUAUGUAUCCCUAAAGAUUACUAUUUUGAAGAUGAUCUUGUCGAUUAUAGCAAUAUUUUCAAGAGGAUGCAAAGCUUAAAAAUACCCAUAGUUGGUGGUGGAUCUUUUAACUCAAACUGCGCUGUCACUUAUCUUCCUUCCAGCCUGCGGUUUAUUGAUUGGAUAGGGUAUCCUUCAAUUUCAUUGCCAGAGAGCUUUGAACCAUCACAGCUCGUUGUGCUUUGUUUACCUGAAAGUAGGCUUGUUGAACUUUGGCCAAUAUCAAAGAAAUUGAGCAAUUUGAAGCAUUUGGAUCUCAGGGAUAGCUGUGAGUUCACAAAAACCCCUAAUUUUGGUGGUAUACCAAACUUGGAGAAGCUACAUUUAGAGGGGUGUGUGAAUUUGGAAGAGGUCCAUCCCUCUAUUGGACAUUGCAAAAUGCUUACUUAUUUGAGUUUGUAUGGUUGUCGCAAACUUAAGAAGCUUCCAAAAUUUGUCUGCAUGGAUUCUCUUGAGGAUCUCAAUCUCAGGGAAUGCACAAGGUUAGAAGAAUUUCCAGAAAUCUGUGGAAAUAUGCGGCGCUUAUCAAAACUCUCUCUAGGAUCCCCCUGGAUAAGAAGCUUACCCCCGUCUCUCAGCAGCCUUAGAGAGUUGCAUUUGGGUGAUUGUGAAAUUCUUGAAUGUAUUCCAGACACUAUUCGAAAUCUUAGUGAUCUCAGAAUUUCAGGUUGCAAUAAACUUGCAACACUGCCAAACAGCCUCUUCGAAUCACAGCUAUUGAAAGUUCUUUGUAUAUACGGAUGUUCUGGAUUGGUAAAGCUCCCCAUAUCUCUUGAAGUUCAAAAGAAUCUCCGUUUGUUAAUAAUAGAGAGAUGUGAGAACUUAAAGAAGCUUCCAAGCUCUAUUCAGAUGGAAUCCCUUCUAGAUCUCUCGAUAUCUAAAUACCCAAAAUUAGAUACAUUUCCAGAAAUCAACGGAGAUAUGCAUUGCUUGACACGACUGAGUCUGAAGUCUACUGGGAUAAGAGAAGUGCCUUCAUCCAUUGGGAAUCUGAGCGGCCUCACUGAGCUAUGUCUGAAACGUUGUGAAGAUCUUGUAAGUCUACCAGACAGCCUCUGUAAUUUGAUGAAUCUUCAAUAUCUUUUACUCAACGGGUGCAAAAAGCUAGAAAAGCUUCCAGAAAACAUGGGUGAUUUGCAAGAGUUAUGUAAGCUUGAUGUGAGCGAAACUGCAAUAUACCAACCACCUCCCUCCAUCACCAAGCUUGGGAAACUGAUAAUUUUAGGCUUGAGUGGACUUUUUGAGGAUUUAGGAUCUUUGCACACUUUGAAAUAUUUGAGUUUAAGUGGAAGCAAUAUUUCUUGUUUACCAAAAAGCCUUAAAGGACUCUUACACCUUCGGAGUCUGAACAUACACUUCUGUCAGAAUCUUAAUGAACUGCCAGGAGAGCUACCCCCAAAUUUAAGGGAGCUAUUAGCAGAUUAUCAUUUAGCCUUGAAGAGCAUCAGAGAUCUCGUAAUUAAUUGUCUUAGGCUGUGUAGGCUCGUAAUAUCCAACUGUGGAGCCGUCUCAAGUGAACAAGUUAAUGUGUUCCUACAUCAUUUUCUCAGGACAUGCAUCCAGUGUGACUUCCAUCAAAGGGAUUAUUUUCUCAUUACUUUUCCCAGAGUCAGAAUUUCAGAGUUGUUCGAUUAUGAUUGUCCAUUUAUAAAUCAAGAAAAGAUGUCAAUUGAUCUGAACCCAUCUUGGUAUACCAAUAAAUUCAUGGGUUUUUGGAUAACCUACGGUCCUACUACAAAGUACAUAAGAUUAGAAGCUACAUUGGUCUGCAAAUCUGACCCUGAAAGAAAAUAUUCCUUGAAGUAUGGGGUGAGUGGGUCUUUUUCCAAUGAUCCUUUCAUUUAUUGCUGGUACAUACCAUUUGAAACAUUGUGGAAUGCUUCUGGCAAUAAAGAAGGGAAGAAUCCAAAUGAUUAUUACAUGUUGGAGUUUUCUCACAUGUACGGGCUGGAGAAAGAAGUAUGCUGGGGAAUUCGGCUGGUGUAUGAAGAGGAAGCAAUGAGUGAUGAUAGUGGUCAUAGAAAAAAGAAAAGAAGCAAUGAGUGA